AUGUCCAUUAUCAACACAUCAUAUGUUGAAAUUACCACCUUCUUCUUGGUUGGGAUGCCAGGGCUGGAAUACGCACACGUCUGGAUCUCGAUCCCCAUCUGCAGCAUGUAUCUUGUUGCGAUCCUGGGAAACUGCACCAUCCUUUUUGUCAUCAAGACAGAGCCCUCUUUGCAUGAGCCUAUGUACUAUUUCCUCUCCAUGUUGGCGCUAUCUGACACGGGCUUGUCCCUAUCUUCUCUGCCUACUAUGCUGAGGAUCUUUUUAUUCAAUGCUCCUGAAAUUUCUGCCAGUGCCUGCUUUGCCCAGGAAUUCUUCAUCCAUGGAUUCACAGUAUUUGAGUCCUCAGUGCUCCUGAUCAUGUCGUUUGACCGCUUCCUAGCCAUCCACAACCCUCUGAGAUACAGCUCCAUUCUGACGAUGGUCAGAGUUGCCCAAAUAGGACUAGUAUUCUCCCUUAAGAGCUUCCUCCUGGUUCUUCCCUUCCCCUUCACUUUGAGAAGUUUGAAAUAUUGUAAGGAAAGCCAAUUAUCCCAUUCCUACUGUCUCCACCAGGAUGUCAUGAAGCUGGCCUGCUCUGACAACCAAAUUGAUGUCAUCUAUGGCUUUUUUGGGGCACUCUGUGUUAUGGUAGACUUUAUGCUCAUUGUCGUGUCUUACAUCCUGAUCCUCAAGACUGUGCUGGGAAUUGCCUCCCAGAAGGAGCAGCUCAAGGCCCUCAGUACGUGUGUCUCACAUGUCUGUGCAGUGAUCAUCUUCUACCUGCCCAUCCUCAGCCUUGCCAUCAUCCAUCGCUUAGCCAGGCACAUCUCUCCUCUCUUCAACGUUCUCAUGGCAGAUGUUCUUUUACUUGUGCCUCCACUGAUGAACCCGAUUGUGUACUGUGUCAAAACUAGACAGAUUAGAGUAAGAGUCAUAGCAAAAUUAUGUCAUAAGCAGAUACAAUAG